GGAAUUGCUUGUGUGUUUGGCAACGCAAUGUUUCCUAUGCCAGCAGUCGCCAGAAGCAGCAAUAGUUUAUGUGUACACCAAGGCAGAUCGGCAGAUCACUCAAAGACCAAAGAAGGAACACUCACCGAGUUCAACCUAAUAUUACAAGUGCUGCGCCAGCACCGGCCAUCCUGCGCAAACACUUCCGGCGCAGCCAUUGCAACAUGCUUGCAACAUGCUUGCACUGGCAAAGAGCAACUGACGCAUUUGACUUGUCACUUGAGCUAGCAACCGGUGACAGCAGUCUUUGUCACAGCAGUCUUUCCGAGGGUGCAGCCAUGCCGUACGAUUUAGCCAGCGGCACAGACUCUGAUGGUAGUUCCGCAAGUGAUGCAGACUCGGACAGUUCUGGUGCACGUUGCGCAGGCUUCCGCAUAUUCCGACGUGCCCAUGCCCGCGUGGCGCUAGGGGUGGAGGAUCCAAAAGCUCGACUUGCCCAGGAAUAUCAGUUAAAGGCGGAUGGUGUGUACAGAGGUGCGCAAAAAGUUCGGACCGAACUGACUUGCAUACAGCAGUGGCUGACUCGGGAUAACGAGCUGCUGCUUCACAAAGACUGCAUCUCGUACAUGAUAGCUGACCGGGCCACAGAGGUCAUUCUCAUGGACCCAGAGGACCUGGAAGUGCGGGCUGUUUUUGCUGAUGCCGGCAGGCUUGUUGGUAAGCGCAAGCACGUGGAUGUUGCAAUUCGAGUGCCCAAGAACGACACGCAAGAGAAGGAGAGCAAGGAAGAGAAGAAGAAGGUUCUAGGCUUUCCGAAGUUCCGGUACUCAUCUGCGCAGACAGGAGUAUCUUUUGGUGGCAAGGUCGAGGUAGAGGGCGUACAUCUUGGCUGGAUCUUGGCUCACGCGGGUCCAGACAGAGGGUCGCCCAUCACCCAUAUUCAGAGUCCACGAACCCCAAGUCAAGUCAACAGGCGAGCCUUUUAUGCAGCUGCAGAUGAGGGGCAUGGUGAGGCUGAGCCGCUUGACUGGCUGACAGAAGAAGACUUGAAGGACGGCCCAGAGGACCCUUACUACAAGGUGACACUGAAACAAAGGGAUAGCCAAAGCUGGCCUUUUGGCGCAGCUGCUCUUCGCACCUUCUUCGAAGCAUGCGCGGUCUACAUCUUCACGAUUUACUUGGGCUCGGAGCCAGAUGAGUACUACUUGGAAAACUUUCAACAGCCGUGGAACAUGGCGAGCAAUGGCCGAUUCAAAGUACCGUGGCCGUUUGUAACACCCGAACGAUGGCGCGCCCCUGGCUCUGAGUACAUAUUUCAACUGUUUUGGUGGACAUUCCUUGCUGGACUGCUGCUGAAAGUGUUCCUUGCGUCCUCGUGGCACCUAUUUGAUAGAAGCAGACUUGUGCGACACAUCCUGGCUGCCGUGUAUCCGCUGGCCAUCACGGUGCCGUUAAAUCUUUACCUACUUUACUGGUAUGCUGCGCUGACGAACUGCCGGCAGUGUGCUGAAUGGCAUUGCGGCGCUUACAAUUCAUCUAUUGGCUGGAAUGUCGAUGCAGCUGCCUUUCAGCAGGCUGGUGGUUGUGGCGUCUCCAACUUUGAUGAUCUUCUUCAGAACUACUCCCGUUUUGUUCGUAGAGAGAGGCAGCAAUUUGAGGAGGCCGAGGCAUGCGAGUAUAGUACCAAUGGUGCCAUCGUCAAUUACUUUUUCCACGCAAACUGGAAUUUUAGUUUGCAAGGGGGUGCCUGUGGCGGCAACGGCUACAGCAGCAAGGAGUGGGUGCUUGUCACCAUGUUGGAUAGCCUAUGCGGAAUUGGCACUUUGCAGCCUUUGCUACUCAAGGGCUAUGUUGACCCCCCAAGCGGGAAAGACUUGCCGUGGUGGAUGUUUGCCGGAAGCAUUCCAGGGAAGAAGGACAAUUGCUCAGUUUUGGAAGGAGAAGCCGCGCCCAGCUUUUCAUCCUACGUUUUCUACCGCGCGUCAGAGAAAGACGCCUACACAUAUGGCUCUGUUUGCUUGUGUGAAGAUGCUCGAGGGCACGUGCACUGCAUCCGCAAGCAAGCCGGUUCUGUGGAUCGUUGCAUGUACUUCACAGGGCAAAGGGUUCUCCACGGUCCCAAUCUCGAGUUUGAAACGGUGGCAUCCGGGCUCCAUAUUUUCCCGGCCUUCGAGAUGCUUUUGCUGCCCAUUUUCGCCUUUAUCAGCAUGGCGGCCUGGGCGCAAAUUCCACUUGGGUCCCUGGAUAAGACAGACGAGCGCCUGAUCACAAAAUCUCAGCUGGAAAUCCUCGAUGUGUUUCUCUUCUUUCUGGGCUUUAUUGUCCAGGAUCAAAGCGACUCCACUUUGUCGACUACCAUGUUUGUCCCGAGGUUUACCUCCUUGAGCUGGCUGAGUUUGGUGAUCAACGUCUGGAGUUUCGCGUGGGUCACGCUGUACCUGUCGUCUUCUCUGCAGAUCUUCUGCCGCGUUUUGGACGCGGACCCGGACAAGACGCCGAAGACCUGGCGGGACGUCAAGGCGAUCCUCAGGGACUUGGAGCACGCCGUGGCUCGGGGCGAAGGCUUUGGAGAAAAAGCCGAACACGCCGCAUCCGUUCCAUCCGUUCCAUCCGUUGCAUCCGUUGCAUCCGGCUCUCCAUCCGUUCCCUUCGUUGCGGGCUCCGCUUCGGGCUGGGCCUUGGCCCGCGCGGCCGCGCGGAAGCAGCUCGUGGUCUACGAGAAGGAGAUCCAGAAGCGGAUCAAGCGAGGCAGCUCCAUCUGGCUACAGACGGACAAAGAGGAAGAGGAGGAAGAUAGGGAAGAUGGGGAAGAUAGAAGGAAUAAGAAGGAGAAGGAAGGAAGGAAGAAGGAAAUGGAGAAGGGAAGGAAAGAGCAGGAAAUGCGAAUGGGAGAAACGAAGAAGGAGAAAGAGAAAUUGAGGAGCAGUACGUGCUCGGAGUGCUCGAGGUGGCGGAAGUGGACCAUCGUGUGGAGCCCCAAAGUCAAGGACCUGAACAUCGAAGAGGACUGCCCAGUGACGCUGUACGUGACCGGAGCCUGGCCUUGGUCCACAUGUCCAGCGGAUGUGUGGUGUUGCCAGAGUGUUGAGGAGUAUUUGCAGAUGAAAGGUCUUGACGGUCUUGCUGACCUGCCGCAUGGGGUUAGGCGCCUGGACUUGCGGUACUCGGAGCUGUCGCAGGUCAUGGCCACGUCAGGUUACACCUGCUGUGACUGCAGAUAUUUGGGCUGGCUUGGCUGCUGCAAACGGCAGCCGCGUUUCGAAUGGAAAAAGAUCAAGGAAGAGGAUCCUCGAAUAUCCUGCCGCCACCCAGGUGGCCCUGACCAGUCUGACAUCUACUACGAUAAGGCUGCAUUUCACUGGUUUGAGCGAAAUCUGGAGUACUUCAAUAUGUGGCGAGGAGUUCUUUGUUUGGAGAUACCGUUCGGCAUAGUUCGUGCCUUUGAUUGCAUGUUCCUCGGUGGUUUCAGCAACACCUUCAAUGUAAUUCUCCUCAUCAAAAAUAUAGCGUUCACCAUCUUUAGCAUCGCCUACUGCAUGGUUUGCGGCAAUCCUCGUUUAACAUGCGGGCCUUGCUGGGACAAGCCAGUCGAACUAAUAUCAAAAUGCAUCGUCAACACGAAGAUUGGAAGUGUUAUCAAGCUUUCUGUGCUUAUGCCGGUGCGCAUUGUGCUGGAGGCACUGUCUUGCCUUGGCCGGGAAUCUGCGGAAAGCAGAAUGGCGGAAUAUGAGAUGCAGCUGCGCAUGGCUACAUUGCAGAUGGCCAAAGGGGGAUCCAACCAGGAGCUUCGGCACCGACGCCGCUUGCUGAGCGCCUUGAUCCGCCAGUACGGCGAGUGGCUGGAGGUGACAGAUGUUAGGUCAUUGAUGAAAGUGCGAAAGAAGGUCAGGGUGAAAGACUUCAUUUGAAGCUGUGCGUACCAUGUGCGUACCACAAAUCCUUUACUGUGCUGAAGACCACGUCACCUGGAGCACCGUUCUGUUGGAUUUCGAGCAUGUUCAAUUUGUAAUUCCGAAGACGACACAUGGCUCGCUUGAUCUGCAGCCUUCGAGCGUUCGAGAACGCUCUGAGCCGAAGCCCGUGCCAACUCUCAGUGGG